AUGCAAGGAUUUUUGGUUAUCUCCGUUUUUCCGAAGAAAACGUUCCCAAAAGAGACUGUAUUUUACAAGUGGUUUGUCGCCGGAACGAAAGACGUUCCAUUUAUUGUCCGGGAUAAUGAAUUCUUUAUCGAUCGAGACCCGAAAUCUUUUGCUAUUAUCCUCAACUAUUUCCGCUUGAAAUCGUCAGGCCAAUUAUGGGAAGCAUGCUUGCCAAAAGAUCCGGAUCGGCUGGCAAUGUUGACACAGGAGGCCGAAUACUUUGACCUCGUCCAACUGCGCACCCAGGCCAUUAAUCUUUUGCAAAGCAGCUGCGAGGAUCGGCAAACCAAUUAUAUCCAUGAGGUGCUAUCAAAGAGUACCAGCUGCCCCCAGGGUUUCAAUUCGCCCUUCGAU